CAACUGCUAUUUUAGGUAGCAGGCAUUCUUUCAUUUUCAUUCGUGUAUUACUUGUUGUUUGUUGCGAACAAUAUCAGAAAAAAUAGCCAUACAUACACAUAUGCAUUAGCUAUGCAUCCCGUAAUACCCGUAUCGAUUGCGGCCGUUUGGUGUGUGCUGGUGUUUGCUAUGCCGAUCACUGCUGGUUUUGGAUGGGGCGAAGGCAGCAAUUUUUUAUUAGAUCCAUAUUUGGUGUGUAAGAAGUCGCGCCGAUUACGUGGCAAAUAUUAUGAAUUAUGUAAAAAUGAAACGUCUAUGAUGCGAGAGAUUAGCCGAGGAAUCAACAUGGGAUUUAGAGAGUGUGAGCAUCAAUUUAAACAUAAUCGUUGGAACUGUUCUUCAAAUAUGCGUAGCAUGAGAAAAAUGUUAUUUAAAGAUACAAGGGAAACUAGCUUUGUUAGUGCCAUAACAGCAGCUGGCGUUGUGUUUACGGUUACUCGAGCUUGCACGAUGGGUGAUCUUAUUGAAUGCUCGUGUGAUAAGAAUCACAUACUUCAAUAUGCCACACAAAAAAAAUACGACAACAGCAAUGGAUAUGAUAUUGAUGUAGUAGAUACCACACCAUUGACCAGAUUCACAAAGCACAAACGUCGUCGUCACAACUCAUAUCUACGCAAUCGCAACAUUUACCGUAAUAUAAUAUUACCGGAAGGUGACUGGCAAUGGGGUGGCUGCAUGGACAAUGUCAUGUUUGGAUUUCGCAAAUCAAAAGACUUUCUAGAUACACGAUAUCAACGACUCAGCGAUAUUCGAACAUUAGUCAAAUUACAUAAUAACAAUGUUGGACGAUUGGCCGUCAAAAGUUUGAUGCGAAUUGAAUGUAAAUGUCACGGUCUGUCGGGUUCCUGUACGAUGAAAACAUGUUGGAUGAAAAUGGCACCAUUUCGUGUGAUCGGAGAGAAAUUAAAGGAGAAAUUUGAUGGUGCUGCAAAGGUGAUAGCUGGAAAUGAUGGACACAGUUUUAUGACGGAGAUUCAAUCGAUUAAGCAACCAACUCGCCAUGAUCUUAUUUACACAGACGAUUCACCUGAUUUCUGCAAAUUCAAUCCGAAAACUGGUUCACUUGGAACAUUUGGACGUGAGUGCAACAAAACAUCUGUUGGUCUUGAUGGUUGUGAUCUGCUUUGUUGUAAUCGAGGAUAUGAUUACAAAAUAAUACGCGAAAAAAUCAAUUGUCGCUGCAUGUUUAAAUGGUGUUGUGAGGUUACCUGCAGCACUUGCAUUGAGAGGCGUGAAGUUAACACGUGUAAAUGACUUUGUCUAAAAUGCAAUUACAUGACAACUAUAAAAUGGACAAUUCAUUGGAGC